AUGGCUCAAUCAAUUGUACUCGUAAUGAUGAUGUUAAUAGCUCUUGUACUAGCAUACUGGUACUAUCUCGAGAAAUCUCGCAAGGCGCAAGAACCUAAGAAAUAUGAUCUUCCAGUAGACAAAAUUGCCCUUCAUUCGGUGAAAGAGACAGAGAAAACGGAAUGUGUACCCAAAACAGAUAAAACUCAAGCAAGCAUAAAUGAAGUAACAGAAGCUGAGAACAUUUCAGAAGGACGAGGAAUAGAGAUACUGAAAGUCGAUCCUGCAAAAAGGGUCAAAACAUCAGGAAUGGAUUCGGCUGAAUCUAUCGAAAAUCUAGACCCGCAGAUAGCACAAAAAUACGCAUUUCUACGAAAACCGGGUGGGAAAACUGUUGACCUAGAAGCAUUUGAUGAACCAAUCACUGAGAAGGAAAUGGCCAUAUAUAAAACACCGAAUUCAAUCAGAGAAAAUGUAGAGCGGCCAAAGAAGAAAAAGAAAAAGGAUGCUUCCUCAAAGAAAGUCAAAGCAGCAAAAUCAGAUAAAAGUGCAAAAAAUCGGAGCAGGAGCGGACGAAGCAGUAAAAAGAGUAGUAGAAGUAAUAAAAGCAACAGCAAAAGAAGAGGAAAAGGUCCCUUCAAGAAUAAAAGACGUAAAUUCGCCAAAAAUUCUGGCGAUUUGGAGGACUCUACAGGUACUUCUGGCACUUCAUUAUUCUAA